AAAAACAAAUGUCGUUCACAUUCAGACUCAAACGGCAGUUCUCAUCCAAGUGUCCCCCAGCAGUGAAGUGUCAAGUGUAAAACAAGUGAAAAUCGGCAAAUAAUUCAAUAAUAGCCAGAUAAACUACUUCAAAGAUAAGACAAAUCAAUAAAAGGAAAAGAAACGCAUUACAACGCAAAAAUAUGACCUCAAAAUUAGCUCCAUGCAUUAAACUGAGCAAUGGCCAACAGAUGCCGGUCGUCGGCUUGGGUACCUGGCGUUCCUAUGAAAACGAAGCCGAACAAGCUGUCAAAGAUGCCAUAGAUAUUGGCUACCGGCACAUUGACACAGCAUUUGUCUACGAGAAUGAGCAUGAAGUUGGACGAGCAAUCAAGGCAAAAAUUGCCGAGGGCAAAGUGAAGAGAGAAGAUCUUUUUGUGGUCACAAAGUUGGGUGGCAUACACCACGAUCCCCAGAUAGUGGAACAUGCCUGUCGCAAAAGCCUAAGUAAUUUGGAUUUGGACUACAUCGAUUUGUAUCUCAUGCAUUUCCCAGUGGGUCAAGUGUACAAGGGCGAUGACAAUGUUCAUGGCAGCGGUGAAUUGAGUGACACAGAUUAUGUUGACACCUGGAAGGCCAUGGAAAAGCUCUUUGAUCUUGGUCUAGUCAAGGGUUUGGGUAUCUCCAAUUUCAAUGCUGAACAAACUGAGAGAAUACUACAAAACUGCCGUAUUCGCCCGGUGGUCAAUCAAGUGGAAUGCCAUCCCGCUUUCAAUCAAAAGAAACUGAUUGAAUUCUCCCGACAAAAGGAUAUUGUCAUUACUGCCUAUGCCCCACUGGCUCGGCCAAAACCUGCACAAAAAUGGCCAGCAUUUCUUUAUGAUGAAACUGCCCAAGAUUUGGCGAAGCGUUACAACCGUACUCCUGCACAAAUUUGUCUGCGUUAUCUGAUCCAAUUGGGCACAAUUGUUAUUCCGAAAUCGGUGCGCAAAGAACGCAUAGCGGAGAAUUUUGAUUGUUUCGAUUUUGAGUUAUCGCCUGAAGAUAUGCAGCUGAUGGAUCGUUAUAAUUCCAAUACCCGUUUAAUACCAUUCACCGGCAUGAGUCAUCACAAAUAUUUCCCAUUUAAUACGGAAUUUUAGGUUGGUUUAUUGUUGUUCUUUGUUGUUAACAAUGGUAUUUUUAAGUUUGUU